GAGGCCAGCAAGUCUGAAGAGGACGAGAAGCCCGACAGGGCCUGGGAAGCCAGGCCCUCCCGGGAGUCCAGCGAUACUGCCCCAACGAGGAGGAAUAACUGGAUCUUCAUUGAUGAGGAGCAAGCCUUUGGGGGCAGAGGGCAGGCGCGGAGCCGUGGCCGUGGCUUCAGAGAAUUCACUUUCCGUGGCCGGCCUGCCAGCAGCAGCAUCUGUGGGGGGGCGGUCCUUGGGGUGCGGGGUGUCUACAGCGGCAGCAGCCAGCGGAGCGGCCGAGGCCGCGGCCUGCGGGAGUUCAGUCAGCCGGAUGACUUCCCCAGGGCCAAGCCCCGCCGGAGGAUCGCCAGCGAGACCCACAGCGAGGGCUCUGAGUACGAGGAGCUCCCCAAGCGGCGUCGGCAGAGGGGCGCGGAGAGUGGGAUCGAAGGCUCGCUCCUGGAGAGGGGCGAGAGCGGCGUGGGGAGAGGUGACUUCAGAGAUUCCUGGCGCUCCAGCAAGAUGUACUCUGAGGACCGCAGUGGUCUGGACACGAAGAACCGGGGCCCUCGGGCCUUUGGGCGAGCCCUCCCACCCCGGCUGAGCAAUUGCGGGUUUGGGCGGAGAAACUUCGUGUCCAAAGAGUCAGCCCCCUGGCAGAGUAAGAGUCCGGGUGCCUCCUGGCAGGAAUACAGCCCUCCUGACGCGUGUGGGUCCCGGCGACCCACAGACAGAGACUAUGUCCCCGAGGCCUACAGACAUUCUGACUCAUUUGGCGCCAGGGGCUUUGAGGACAGCCGCCUGGAAGACAAAAGGUCCUUCUUCCACGACGACCAUGUGGCAGAUUGUGAAAAUGUGGAGAACCGGCCCUUCAGGAGAAGGCGCCCCCCACGUCAAGACAAGCCCCCUCGCUUCAGGCGCCUCAGGCAGGAGCGUGAGUCCCUGGGCCUGUGGGGGCCUGAGGAAGAGCCCCACCUGCUGCCAGGUCAGUGGCCCAGCAGGUCCAAACUCUGUCCUGGGGACAAGAGUGGCGCUGUGGGUCGCAGGUCCCCUGAGCUCUCAUACCAGAACUCCUCUGACCACGCCAACGAAGAGUGGGAGACGGCCUCCGAGAGCAGUGACUUCAGUGAGCGGCGGGAGCGGCGGGAGGGCCUCGGGGCCGAGCCUGACUCCCAGGCGGACGGCAGCUUGCCUGGGGCCAGC